UUGCUCUUCUGAUUUGAGAGACAUCACCAGAUCCCUUCUUGCUAAUCUCAUAGAACUUGCUGUUCAAAUCUGAGUGGUAUCACCAGCCAGAUCCCCUUUUGCUAAUCUCAUAGUACUUGCUGUUUAAAUCGGAUUGGUGUCACCAGUUUGUCAUCUCACAGAUGAUAGCUUAAAGCCUGAGUGCUUGCAACGGGAGUUAGGUCCUGUGCUAAUACAGAGAUUUGAUACGACACUGAGGGAGGACAAAAGAGAAUGUCAAGUGGCAGAAAUACCCACUGGUGUUACAGAUGCAGGCGGCCAGUUCGUAUGCGAGGGCUAAAUGCAGUUUGCCCCUAUUGUAGUGGAGGCUUCGUUCAAGAGCUUGACGAUAUGGUGCAAUUCAGCCCAUUGGAUUUCUUUGGAUUGGAGAGUGAAGAUAAUCGUGACCAAAGAUUUGGGCUUAUGGAAGCAUUCUCAGCCUUUAUGAGGCAGCGGUUGGCAGACAGAAGCCAUGACAGCAGAGUGAGAUCAGAUUUGAUUCCUGAGCAUAAUCCAGGAUUUGGUCCUCUGUUGAUUUUUGGUGGCCAAAUUCCUUUAAGAUUGUCCGGAAAUGGUGGGUUUGAAGCUCUUUUCCCUGGGGCUCCUGGAAUAGCACUAACACGGGGUAAUGCUGGUGAUUAUUUUAUAGGCCCUGGACUGGAAGAAUUGUUUGAACAGCUUUCAGCUAAUGAUCGGCGGGGCCCUCCUCCAGCAACCAGAUCAUCAAUUGAUGCAAUGCCUACCAUUAAGAUUAACCAGAGGCAUCUUCGCUCAGAUUCACACUGUCCAGUUUGCAAAGAUAAAUUUGAGUUGGGAAGUGAAGCAAGGCAGAUGCCAUGUGACCACAUAUACCAUUCAGAUUGUAUAGUCCCAUGGCUAGUUCAGCAUAAUUCAUGCCCUGUUUGUCGUCAGGAGCUACCAACACAAGGAUCGAGUAGUGGUUACCAAGGCUCAAGUUCUCGAAGUAGAAACAACUACAGCGGAAGAGAGCAUAACAGGGAAGGAAGACGGAAUCCAUUGUCGUAUUUGUGGCCGUUCCGCUCUUCGAGUUCUAGCUCUAACCAUGAUGGGACAACAGGAAGCAGUUCACCAACCUACCAUGAAAACAACCACCAGAUGGGAUAUUCAGGAUGGCCUUUCAACUAAGAACUCCCCUGUUGUUCUGAAAAUGCUAUAUUUCCUUGUGUUCUGUGAUCAUAAUGGUACACCUUAUUUACUUCAGCAUAUUGAUUGGAGUGAGUGGUUUGGAACCUUGAAGUCUACAAGUCUUGGGAGUCUAAUGUUGAAUAGUAUCUUUUUUUUCCUGUGUUUAUUCUGGAACUUACUGUAAAUGACAUUUUUCUGUUUUGCUAAAGUACUCAUGUUUGUGAAUA